AUGGCGAUCCUCGGGGAGCUCGGGACGGAGAUCCUCAUCCCUGUCUGCGGGGUCAUCGGCAUCGUCUUCGCCGUCGCGCAGUGGUUCAUCUUCUCCAAGGUCAAGGUCACCCCCAGCACCGCAUCCGCCGCCGCCGGCGCCAAGAACGGCUACGGUGACUACCUCAUCGAGGAGGAGGAGGAGGGCCUCAACGACCACAACGUCGUCAUCAAGUGCGCCGAGAUCCAGACCGCCAUCUGUGAAGGCCUGGCAGCAGUUUAUGCACUCGGCUACCUGUCACGGCAUCAGGAUAACAACAUUGAAAGUCUAAGAAGAACCGAACAGCUGGCUUUCUUCUGGGCAGCAUUUCUCCUCAUCCAUCUUGGUGGGCAGGACACCAUUACUGCUUUCGCCAUGGAGGAUAACGACUUGUGGUUGAGGCAUCUCUUGAAUCUGUUGACCCAAAUUGCACUAGCUUUAUAUGAAGAGGUCAAGCUGUUGGGGACGUGGCUGCAGGGCGACCGUGCCCUCACCUUCUGCCACAUCCUAGCCCGCAACACCAUCAGGGCCAAGCCAGCCCAACUCGCCUUCGGUACACAGUCAGGGCCAAGCCAGCCCAACUCGCCUUCAGGUUAUGGUCUUGGUGGGUCUUCCAUGGCUCUAUUCGGAAGAGUUGGUGGAGGUAUCUACACUAAGGCUGCUGACGUGGGUGCUGACCUUGUUGGCAAAGUUGAGAGGAACAUUCCUGAAGAUGACCCAAGGAACCCAGCUGUGAUUUCUGAUAACGUCGAUGGAAAUGUUGGUGAUAUUGCUGGAAUGGGAUCAGAUCUCUUUGGUUCAUAUGCAAAGUCUUCCUGCGCUGCUCUUGUUGUUGCUUCCAUCUCAUCUUUUGGAAUCAACCAUGAUUUCACUGCGAUGUGCUACCCACUGCUCGUGAGCUCUGCAGGCAUCAUUGUUUGCUUGCUCACCACACUCUUUGCAACUGAUUUCUUUGAGAUUAAGGCUGCAAACGAAAUUGAGCCUGCUCUGAAGAAGCAGCUCAUCAUCUCCACUGCUCUAAUGACUGUUGGUGUUGCGGUCAUCAGCUGGUUGGCUCUUCCAGCUAAGUUCACCAUCUUCAAAUUCGGUGCUCAGAAGGAAGUGUCCAAUUGGGGCCUUUUCUUCUGCGUGGCAGUUGGUCUAUGGGAUGGUCUGAUUAUUGGAUUUGUGACUGAAUACUACACUAGCAACGCCUACAGCCCUGUGCAAGAUGUUGCCGAUUCCUGCAGAACUGGUGCUGCCACCAACGUCAUCUUCGGUCUUGCUCUGGGGUACAAGUGUGUUAUCAUCCCAAUUUUCGCUAUUGCUGUCAGCAUCUACGUCAGCUUGUCCAUUGCUGCAAUGUACGACAUUGCAAUGGCUUCUCUUGGCAUGCUAAGCACAAUGGCAACUGGUCUUGCCAUUGAUGCUUAUGGUCCCAUUAGUGAUAAUGCUGGUGGAAUUGCUGAGAUGGCUGGCAUGAGCCACAGAAUCCAUGAGAGGACUGAUGCUCUUGAUGCUGCUGGCGCCACAUUUGCCCGGUGGAUGGCUGUGGAAAGAAAUUCUUCACGCACAAGCAUCUGCUGCAGCACUGCGAGUGACGAGUACCACCACCCUGCGCUGGCCGACGGCGUCCGGGCGCCGGAUCCAGAAGGAUCUGUCCCGAACUCAACGACGCACGCGACCACCAUGUCUUGCCCCUCCCGCCGCCGCCACACCGCGCCGCAAGAACGAACCCCAGCCCUCGACGCGCUCCGCACGCCGCCGCGAGGAUCCACAUGCCCCGCCGCCGCACAGCACGCUAGUCCGUCGCCUUCUCACGAUCGGCUGUCCCGCGCCAACCAUGUUGCGUGA